UCAAAAAAAAACUCUCAUGAAAUAAUAGGAAAAAUUAGAGCCCUUUACGAAAUUUUUCCAAAUUUUGACUAACGCCUUGCUUCCUCCUCACCCUUAUUUAUUCACAUGCAGUUUUUGUUUAAGUUGUCACCCAUAACUAAUGAGCAGAAAAUUCAAAAUUAAUCUGCACAGAAUGCUCUUAUCACUUCACAAAAACAUUCACGCUCUGAAAUGCCAAGACCAAUUUUCUUCCAUUUCGCUCUCUAAACUCCAAAAUUACACCUCACCCCAUGAAGUUAGAUCACUCCAUGCACAAAUCCUCAAGACCCAACACUCAGAAGACCUCUCUCUUCUCUCUAGACUCGCACACAGAUACCUCCUUUGCCACUGUCUCGGAGAUGCACUCCAAGUAUUCGCCCAAAUGAAGAGAGAGAAAGAUCCUCAUGUUUUCCUCUGGAACGAGUUUGUAAAAUGGUAUUCUAGAAAUGGAUUUUACAUAGAAUCGAUGGAGUUUUACCGCUGUUUAUCUCUCUCUAAAACUCCCCCUAAUGAGUUCACGUUCACCUUCAUUCUGCCUGCGUGUGCUGGUUCAAGGUCUCUUUUCCAUGGCCGUUCAAUACAUGCUCAAAUAAUCCUCAGAAACAUGGAUUCAAAUCUCUUUGUUGCUACGGCUCUAAUAGAUAUGUAUGGUAAAUGUGGUGAUUCUCUAUCUUCGCGCCAAGUUUUUGAUGAAUUGAGACAGCCAACUACUGCUUCUUUUAAUGCUUUGAUUUCUGGGUACGUGACCAAUGGGGAGUUCAAUGAGGCAAUGUGGGUCUUCAACCAAAUGCUAAUUUCUAGAGAGAGAAUGGAUGCCAUGACAAUGGCGAGCAUCUUGCAUGCUUGUGCUUCACUUGGGGCUCUGCAGCAAGGGAGAUGGAUCCAUGAACUUAUAGAGAGAGAGAAUAUAGAGAAAAAUGAAUAUGUAGGAGCUGCAUUGAUAAACAUGUACGCCAAGUGUGGUAGUAUUGCAGAUUCUCUUAAAGUGUUCGAUGAAAUUAACCGAAGAGAUUUGGUUUUAUGGACUAGUAUUAUAUGUGGGUUAGGAUCCCAUGGGCUUGCUUAUGAGGCUGAAAGGAUCUUCUUAAGCAUGAUUAGAACUGGGAUUAAGCCUGACACUAUCACUUUUGUUGGGAUUUUAUGUGGGUUUAGCCAUGUGGGUUUAGUUGAAAAGGGGUGGGAAUACUAUAAGUUGAUGAGUAGUUAUGGCAUGGAGUAUAGUUUAGAGCAUUGUAAUUGUAUGGUGGACAUGUUAGGGAGGGCUGGGAAGCUUGAAGAAGCCGAGAAUUUUGUCAGAGAGAUGGAUAUGAAGCCUGAUGCAGGUAUAUGGGGUGCAUUGCUAAAUGCGUGCAAGAUUUAUAAGGAUGUUGAGCGAGCCGAGAGGGUUGUCGAGGAGGUUUUGACAUUGGAUUCGGACAAUGCAGGUUGGUAUGUUCUAAUGUCAAAUAUAUAUGCGACUUCGGGAAUGUGGGAUGGUGUUGCAAAGAUGAGGACUCUUAUGAAGCAAAGGAAUGUUUUGAAACUGCCUGGUUGGAGUUGGAUUGAAGUGGAUGGUCAAAUCCACAACUUUUUAGUUGCAGACAACUCUCAUCCUCUCUCCUACGAGAUUCAUAAGCUCACGAAGGACUUGGACAAGAGGAUGAGGGAGAUGGGUUAUGUUCCAUUGUUAGAUUGUGUUUUCAGCAACAUGGGUGAAGGUGAGAAGGAAGGGUUAUUAUGUGGACAUAGUGAGAGGCUUGCAAUUGCCUUUGGGUUGCUAAGCACAAAGCCUGGAACAACUUUGAGAGUUAUGAAGAAUUUGAGGGUGUGUAUAGAUUGUCACAAUGCCACCAAGUUUAUAACUAGGAUAGUGGGGAGAGAGAUAAUUGUCAGGGAUGCAAAGAGGUUUCACCAUUUUAGAGAAGGGCUAUGUUCCUGUGGGGAUUAUUGGUGAUCUUGGCUUUCUAGGCUAAGGCACAUCCAAGGCGUGUCAUUCUCUGUGUCAUAGUUUUCCAAGCAACAACACCAUCGUCUUGCACCUCGUAUUAGAGAUUUCCAAUUUAAUAUGCACCAAAAGUAUUGUCAAAUAGAAAAAGUUUUGUCAUGUAAAGCCAUACGCAGUUCAAUUCAGUUUUACAAAUUCAAGUCACUUUCAUGCAAUGGUGUCUCAUUCCAUGUGCUGUAAGUAUUCUUUUAUUUUUUGUGCUGACAGUCUAGUAAGGGAAUUGUUGCCAUUGUACUGCACCUCCUGUUUACCAUAUGAGUUGAGAUAAAUGAAGCAAAUUAUUUCACCACUCACACGUUGGUGCUUACAAUUUCUCUGCAGCAUUUCAAAUAUCCUUUCUUUUUUUUUUCUUUUUUUCUUCUUUUUAAUUGGAAACUAUUUUUCAUUCCAUUGUUUAACCUGCUGCAAAAAUGUGUCUAAAACCCAGAGGGCUGUACAAAUUUUUUUUUACAUAAGAUACGCAUGUGCAAAAUGUGCAUAAAAAUUUACAAAUUUGGCUUUAUGAGUACUGGUUACUAGCAUUCAUGGUGUGUUCGAGUUAUUUUUAAGCAUGGUCCUUCUGUUCCUUCAUGUUUCAAGGUUUCUGCGAGAUUGUUGGCUCCUUUUUACAGGUUUUUGAAGGAGAUGGAGAAGUCUGAUGCUAAGUCCAAGACUUCCAGGAACUGACCAGCAAAAUGCUGUGGGAAGCCAUCUCAUCUCCAGCCCAAUGGAUAGCAGUGGCUGAGCCUCCCUCAACUAGGAGGUUUCACCACUUUGGUUGGAAGAAUCUUAAACCGUCUAACAUAGCUUGGACCUCUGGUGGCAUCCAAUGGCCUGCCGGGGCCUAAAAAAAAGAGGAGAAUCUCUCCAUCGUGGUCUCAGAAUACAACUCCAAUGCCUGUUGGACUAGGGUUGCGCUGGGAAUUACCAUUGAAGUCAUUUUGAUGGUUCCUUGAGGGAGUGGCCUGUGAUCUAGGCUCCCUGCCAUGGCAGGCCAUUGGUUUAGCAUGUUGAGAAAAGAGUAUUUCCAGAAGGCUUUCCUACUCUGGGCGUAAGAAAUGAUCAGGGAGUUAAUUCUGCCAAUCUCAAUUGAAAUGCUCUUUAAAGGUGCAUCUGCUUCCGUCUGAAAAGUUGCCACAUCAGUCAGCCUCUCUUCAGCAUGUGUGGUGGCAUGUGUUGGUGAUGGAGGUCUUUUGUUGAAGAUGGGGUGACCCAAACGAGCCCAGAAAGGUUGAGAGGGCAGGACUAGAUGACAAAGGUUACCUUGCAGUAAACAAAGCGGUGGGGAACAUUCUCUGCUUUCUCCUUGCAAAGGCAACAUUUAUUGUCUAACGUCAUGCCUCUGUGUUGAACAUGGUCUAUUGUUAAGACUUUGUUGAGCACACCUACUAGCCAAAGGCUUGGCCCUUUGGCGGUGUGAAGAUCUCCCAAAAGUUUUCUAGUAGGGGAGAGGCCAAAUGUUGGAGGCAGAACCUCUCUAAGCUUAGAAGCCAAAAUUGCAGCUAUAAUCUUGGAAGAACUAUUGAUCGAGGUGAGAGGGUGGUAAUCUUUUAUGAGUUCCCCCCACCUUCAUUUUUAUGUGUAAGGGCAUUAAAUGCAGCACUGAUGCCCUUAUCUAUGAUGCUUCUCUUCUGAAAAUAGGGGAGGACAUCUGCUAGUUCUGUGAUGAUUAGGUGGAGAAAGUGUUGAAGAAGGCCAUUAGAUAACCAUCCUGUGUGCUCUGUUGUGGCUGAGAUUGAAGACAUUAGCCCCUCAACUUCCGCCUGCUGAAAAGGGCAUUCAAGCCAAGGCAUUGAGGCCUCAGAGAUUUUGUCAAAACUGAGAUUUUAGAAAGCUGGCUAGGGAAAUUAUUGCUAGUGUAUAGCUUCCCAAUGUACCUGAUGGGAGUUCUUUCAAUCUCCAACCUGUUUUUCAAGAUCGAGCCCCCUCCUUGAAUGGAUGAGACUGUGUUCUAACACCUAAAGUUUGCAAUUUUAUGUAAAGCACCAGUGUUUCGAUUUCCCUCUUUUUACGAUCUGAUCCACAAUCUCUGCCACUCAAAGGCUUCCUCUUGGUGAUUCGUGAAUCAGUUCUUUCUACGGCUUUGCUGGUUGGGAGAUUUGGCUUUCCUCGAACUGGUCUACUUGAAAGGCCUUCUUUGUCGCUUGGUAUCCAAAGUGAUCUCUGUUCCAUUGCCUGAGCUUAUCUUUGAGGAGUUUGCAAUUUUUUUGUAAAAAUGGUGGCCUGAAGACCGCCAUUUAGUGACCAGUUUGGGUAGACAUUUACCCUGAAGCCACAUGGUAAAAACAGAAGCAGUAAAGGGCCAUCAAACUUCAAAUAUCCUUGUUUCCAAAUUCUUUCUAUCUACUUUUGUUUCUCUUUAUGAGUUUAUCUAUAUUGGUACAACUAUCAAAACAGGCCUUCCUCUCAA